CUACGAAAUAUAUUUCAGUUGCGAGCGGACCUCUGCACGGAGUGGAACUAAAAAUUAAAAAAAAAAAUACUAGAAAUAAUCAGUCCGCGGAAAACGUUGAAUUCAAUUUUUUUUUCACAGAUGAAAAUUUUAAUUUUAAGUUAAUUUAAAGUAUAUAUAAAAAGCCAACUGCAAAAAGUUUACGUCGUGCGGAAAAUUCGUAACGAAAAAUUGCCAGCUGCAUUUUUCCUAAAGGAAACCAAAAGUAAUAAAAUAAAAUAAAAUUCAUUCGUUCAAGCUGAGUCGGAACGGAAACGGAGCGUAACGUUGCGAGGGGAUCUGUGGAUCGGGUUAGGAACGGAGUGAAAUACUUAGAGUGGAGUGUAUAGAGGUGUAGAUUAGAGCGUAACGUUACGUUACCAAAACAUAACGACGGGGUCGUAACCCAACGACCACCACACAUACGAUCGAAAAUUAGAAGUAUGACUUUUUCGCGGAAAAAAGUGCUGACGUUAUGCGUGUGCACGCUAUUGGCACUCAUUAGUUUUCCCGGAUAUGUAGACUGUGCUAACAAAAAAGGAUCACAGGCCACAGUAGCGCCACCACCGACGCCCAUCGAACCCGAGGCUGUAAUCGAAGAGGUCAAUGCCAAGCAAUUGGAGAAAUUAUUGACCGACAAGGAUUAUGUUGCUGUCUUCUGGUAUGCGCGAAGCUGUAUCACCUGUGACAAAGUAUUAGCAGAACUCGAAAAAAUCGACGAUGACACCGAUUCAUUUGGUGUCGACUUCGUAAAGAUUAACGACAAACGACUAGCAAAGCAAUACGGAAUAAAGAAUUUCCCAGCACUCACGUACUUCAGGGAAAAAGAACCAAUUAUAUAUGAUGGCGAUCUCAUGGACGAGGAGGGCGUACUUGAUUUCCUUACUUCUCUCGAGGCCAUGGACCUGCCCGAUCGCAUUGAAGAGGUUAAUUCAAAGAUACUAUUAAAGAUUAUCGAGGAUACUGAUUUUGUAGCUGUUCUAUUCUGUCCCGAUCAUGCUACGUGUCCGCCUAGGGUGAUGGAUAAGCCGCAAUGUCGCAAGUGUGCCAAAGCUUUGCAAGAACUGGAAAACAUCGAUGAUGAAGCAGAUCAAUUGGGCAUCGGUUUUGUCAAGAUACAUGAUGAGGCAUUGGCCGAGGAAUAUAAUUUGGGUAAUCUUCCAGUAUUGGUUUACUAUCGUCAUCAGACGCCGAUCAUAUAUGAAGGUGAAUUGUCUCGAGAAGAGGAUGUCUUAGAAUGGCUGGUGCAAAAUAAAUCUACCGGUGAUGAAGAUGACGUCAUAGAAGAUGUUACGGCUAAGACGCUGUCCACACUAAUCAGCAAUAUCGAUAAUCUGGUUGUAUUAUUCUAUGAUCAUGGUAAUGAUGAUUCAAUGACCGUAUUGGAAGAGCUAGAACAAAUUGACGACGACUGCGAUAAACACGGUAUUCAAUUUGUGAAAAUUGACGAUCCAAAAGCCGCAGCCGAAUAUGGAAUCGAUACGAUUCCGGCAAUAGUAUAUUUCGAAAAACAAAUUCCAAAUAUUUAUGACGGUGAUCUCAUGGCCGAGGAGCAAAUACUCCACUGGCUGGUGGGACAAUUAGAGCAUGACGAAAUCGAGGAUGUCACCGAUGAGAUGCUUGACAAAAUGGUGAAGGAAGGCCGUGUUAUGGCGGUGCUAUUUUAUGAUAACAAUGAUAAAAAAUCACAGAAAGUACUCGAAGAAUUGGAGAAUAUCGACGAUGAAUGUGAUGCAUUGGGUAUAACUUUUGUGAAAAUUGACAACCCUGAAGAAGCCAUCGAAUACGGCAUAAACAAAGUUCCUAAACUAAUUUACUUUGAAAAAGGCAUUCCAACCAUUUACGAAGGCAAUCUUGAGGAUGAGGAGAAAUUGCUGAAAUGGCUCGAGGAGCAAACCACCUCCGAUCAAAUUGAGGAUAUAACCGAUGAGAUGUUGGAUUUGAUAAUAGAAAAGAUGCCUUAUGUCGCUGUGCUCUACUAUGACAAGGACCAAAAGAAAUCGCAAAAGGUACUCGCCGAACUGGAGAAUAUCGACGAUGAGUGCGAUCAAAAUGAUAUCGCUUUCGUCAAAAUUGACGACGACAGCGAGGCGAAGGAAUGGGGUAUCGAUGAAAUACCGUCGAUUGUCUUCUUCGAACGUGGCAUACCACAUAUUUAUGAAGGUGAUUUGAUGAAAGAAGACGAACUCUUGGGUUGGCUCGUACAUCAAAAGCGCCACUCGGAGAUCCCCGAAGUCACCGACGAGAUGAAGGAUAAGUUGGUUGAAAAUACUGAACAUUUGGCCGUGAUUUUCUAUGACAAGGAUGAUAAACAAGAUAUUCGCGUCCUCAACGAACUGGAGAAUAUUGACGAUGAACUUGAAAAGGAGGGCAUUGUGAUCGUACGCAUUGACAAUGCCGCCGAGGCUAAGGAAUACGGAUUAGACCAUUUGCCUGCGCUCAUUUAUUUUGAGAACAAAAUACCAGCCCUAUACGAGGGCGAUCUAAUGAACGAGGACGAAGUAUUGGAAUGGCUGAUUUUGCAAAAGCGUACCGCCACCAUUGAGGAGGUCACCGAUGAAAUACUGGUCGACUUGAUCAACGACCACGAGUAUGUAGUGGUAUUCUUCACCGGUCCCUGUGAGCCGGGUGAAAAAUGCGAUAAGACAUUGAAUGCAUUGGAGAGCAUUGACGAUGAACUGGAUGAAGCGGGCAUCAUCUUUGUCACCACCGAAGACACCAAUAUCGCCAAGAAGCACAACAUAAAGAGUUAUCCACAACUGGUAUUCUUCAGAAAUCGUGAUCCAUUACUUUUUACAGGCGAUUUAGAUGAUGAAGACGAGGUGUUGUCAUGGAUCACAGAUGAAGACACUCUUGAGAUUCCGGGUAAAAUUGAGGAAGUGAACACUAAAAUGUUGGAUAAGAUACUGUCGGAGAAUGAUCACGUGGUGGUAUUCUUUUACCGUGAGGGUGAUAAGCGCUCACAAAAGAUUUUGAAUGAAUUGGAGAAUAUCGAUGAUGAAUGUGAAGAAAAGGAUAUUGACUUUAUCAAAACUUCUGAUCCUGAUGUUGAUAAGGAAUACGAUUUGGCUAGCUUGCCGGCAUUAGCAUUUUACAGACACAAGUUCCGGACGAUAUAUGAUGGUGAUCUCAUGAAGGAGGAAGAAAUUCUGGAUUGGGUUAUCGACCUCCAUGAGUCCACAGCUGACGUUAUCGAAUCUGUUGAUCGCAAAACUUUGCAAGUUUUGAUUAACGACGUAGAACACUUGGCUGUCUUUUUCUAUGAUGACAAAUGCGAAACAUGUCCACAAAUCUUGGAGGAAUUAGAGACCAUUGAUGAUGAUACCGACAAACACGGCAUACAAUUUGUCAAAUCAAAUGACGUGAAGUUGGCGCAUGAAAUCGGAAUUUUUGCAUUCCCCGCUUUGGUUUAUUAUGAAACAGGCGUUCCAAUCAUGUAUGACGGCAAUAUCGAAGAUCCCCAAGUCGUCUUCAAAUGGAUUUUGGAACAAAAGGCCGAUGAAAGUAUCGAGCUGAUAGAUCGUGACACUCUAAAUCAAUAUAUUAACACCAAAGAUUUUCUGGCCGUCGUCUUUUAUAAAGAGGACGAUCCCGAUGCGCCGCGCGUUCUUCGCCACAUCGAACUGAUUGAUGAUGAGGCGCUAGAGUACGGUAUCUACAUUGUCAAAAUGAACGACAAGCUAAUGGCGAAGAAAUACGGCUACCGCAAUCCCCCUGGGAUAACAUAUUUCCGCAAAGGCAAAUACAUCAACUAUGACGGCGAUAUCGACGAUGAGGAGGAGGUUUUGGAUUGGCUCACCAGCCCCGCCAACAUGGAAAUGACCGAUCACAUUGAGAAGGUCAACCGCAAAAUGUUUGAGAAAAUACGAAAAUCAUCCGAUUACUUGGCCGUGAUCUUCUAUAGUGACGAAUGCAAGCAAUGUCCGCGAGUUCUCGCUGAGGUGGAGCAUAUUGAUGACGAAGCCGACAAGGCGGGCAUCGAUUUCGUGAAGAUCGACGACAAACAAAUGGCAAAAGAGUUUGGCGUUUUCGCGCUACCUGCAAUUGUAUUCUUUAAGCCAUCAUCGAAGGAACCAGUUAUCUACGCCGGUGAUCUUUAUGAAGAAGAACAAAUUCUUGCUUGGUUACUGACGCAAAAGGAUCCAAGCGGGGAUGUUAUCGAAGAUCUUGAAGGCGAGAAACUGGUUCAACUGAUCGAGGAAUCUGGUGCGAUUGCGGUGUAUUUUUGGAACAAAACACAAUGUGACAUUUGUACUUCAAAGGCAGCACGUAAGGCGAGACUGAAGAAGGAACGCGAGGCGCAACAGCAAGAGGGCGGUGCGGGAGCAGCAGCAUCUUUCGGCGGUGAGAGUGAAGCAGCUGCAGCCGAAGCUGAAGCGGGGACCGAACCGAGUGUGGCCAAGACAGCGACUCCAUCCUCCGCUGCUGGCAGCAGCAAACACGACGAUGAUGCCGACGGUUGUGAGCAGUGCACUAAAGUACUGGAAGAAUUGGAGAACAUUGACGACGACUGUGAUAAGCACGGUAUAACAUUUGUUAAGACUCGAGAUUUCUCUGUUGCUGAUGGCUAUGGUGUACACGAGUAUCCAGCCUUGGUGUACUUCGAGGGAGGUAUUCCAAAUGUCUUUGAAGGUGAAUUGAACGAAGAGGAAGAGGUCUUACAAUGGCUUAUCACGCAAAAGACUGAAGAUCGCAUCGAGUUAAUCACCCGCCAGAUGCUGGAAACUAUGGUUGAAGAAACACAAUAUUUAGCCGUUUAUUUCUUACCCACUGAGCGCAAUGGAAAACCACCCGCUUAUUGCCGCAGUUUUUGUUCGCCUGCCUUUUUAAACGGAAGCAUGAACAGCACCUCGAAACACGCAUCCAAACAAUUUAUAAAGAAUUAUAUUUCACGCAAAAGAAAACGUAUCGAAAAUCAAGACAAAAUCAACUGUAAUAUUUGCGAUCAAAUUUUGGAAGGCCUUGAACUGAUCGACGACGAAUGUGAUGUCUUUGGUAUCCAUAUGGUCAAAAUACAGGAUCCGCAACUGGCAAAACGUUAUUCGAUAAAGACAUUCCCAGCGCUUGUGUACUUCCGAAACGGCAAUCCUCUGCUUUUUGAAGGCGAUCUACAAAACGAACAAUCGGUUUUGGAAUGGCUAAUUGAUGAUGACAACCGUGAAUUGGCAGAUGAAAUUGAAGAAGUAAACGAACGUAUGCUGGAUCGCUUAAUGGCUGAUUCUACGUUAUUAGUGGUGUUCUUUUAUGAAGAGGAUUGUGCUGAGUGUGAGGAAAUUCUCGAGGAACUAGAAGAGAUUGACGGUGAAGCUGACAUGUUUGGCAUUGACUUUGUAAAGAUUGCAAGCAUCGAAGCGGCAAAGAAAUACGAUGUCGUGAAUAUUCCCUCACUGGUCUACUUUAGAAAACAAGUUCCUGUAUUAUACGACGGUGAUUUACACCAACACGACAAAAUUAUUACCUGGUUAACCUCACAAGAUGUUUUCGAAAUAAAAAAUGAAAUUGAGGAAGUAAAUCGUAAAAUGUUAGACAAACUACUUGAGGAGAACGAAUUUAUAACGGUUUUCUUUUAUGAACAUAAUCAGCAAGACAGUAUCGCCGCACUGGAAAAACUGGAAAACAUCGAUAGCGAAACGGAUAACUUGGACAUUACAUUCGUUAAGAUGGCCGAUUCGCGUUAUGCCAAGAAAUGGGGUGUUACAAAGCUGCCAGCUAUGGUAUAUUUCCGGCGAAGGUUCCCCAGCAUUUAUAGAGGUGAUCUUCUUUCCGAAGAUGAGGUUCUGGAAUGGUUACGCAAAAAUCGCUUCCGUCAACCAGAACUCAAUAUAUUCAUGUAUGCGCUAAUCGCAUUGGCUGUUGGUUUCUUAUUAUACACUGCCUUCCUGUUGCAAUGCUUCAAGCCAGCGCCACCGCCACCGCCCCAACACCCAAAACAGUCGUGAUAAAUUAAAAACCAAAAACAAUAAAUAUUUACCAUUAAUUAAAGCGUAAAGAGUAACAAACAAUACACUGGAACAAAAAUCAAUAAAUUGAAGAAAACAUUUCAAACACACAUUUCAAUAAAUACAUCGACAAAAGAAUUAAAGAUUUUUCGAAUUAUCAUCCAAUUCUAUCGUCUAAAUUAGACGUAAGGAAAAUUACUACAACGAAUUUUUAGCAAGCAUAGAUCCGAAAGCGAAUUCAAAUAAACAUUUACAAAUAGAGAGAGAGACAUAAAAAGGAUCGAUUGAAGUACAUUUUGAGAAUACUAUCAGAUAUACAACAGAAUUAAUUCUUAGCGAAAAAUUAAAAAUUAAAGCCACAAAUAUAUAAAAGCUAGACCGCCACAACUAAAACCUAAACGUAAUAUAAAAUUUAUUGGUUUAAAGGCAAUUGAGAAACUUAAUUGAUUCGUUGCCGGAAUAUUGACUAAAAUGAAUUAGAAUUUAUUAAAUAAACUUUUGCGAAUUAUUUAUUACAGUACGUAUAUACAUGUAUGUAUGUGUGCAGAUAUACACGUGUACAUAACAUUAUACGUUUAAGCCGUUUGUAUUCGCAUAUAUAUAUAUAUAUAAAUUUUUUGCUACAAAAUGGAUAAAAUAAACUAUUUUUUGGAUGAUAAGAA